GUGCCCCUACUAAUAAACCAGAAGAGUUACGGGACCAUCCGUUUCUUAUUUUAAUAAAUGCAAGUUUCAGGCGAACCUACACAAACGCUCGGUAACAUUUAUCAGGCCUAAAAGUAAGUCUAUCUAUAGAAUCCGAAGUAACUGGAUAUCAAAGUUACUGUACUCCAUGCAGGUCGUUAACCAUUGAAGUCAUUGUGAUUUGUAUUAUAAUAAUUGUGUAAAUAAAUAUAACCGAAGCCCGUUGACUUCUAUGUGUGUAUGAGGUUCUCUUGCCCUGUCCAAUAUGGCGGCGCCGAUGACCCGCAAUCCAGCGGCCACUCGCGCACGCUGUUCUUUGACGUCAUUCCGCGAGCACACCUUUCACCACAGGUGCCAGACACGCCUCGAAAGAGAGAAAGAGGAGGAACAGGUUUACAUCAGGUUAUGUGUUCACACACCCAUCACCAUCACAAACUGCGAACGCGUUUGGAAAGUACGACAGGACCUCUCAUAAUGCAGUGCCCAAAAUCCCCUGGGCGUCUUCUGUCAGAGGAGCAGUUCUCCUGUUCCAUCUGUCUGGAGGUGUUCGUAGACCCCGUUUCCACUCCCUGCGGUCACACCUUUUGCAUGGCGUGUCUUCAGGGCUUCUGGAACCACAGCAAGAAGUUCAUCUGCCCCAUGUGCAAGAAAACCUUCGCCAAAAAACCAGAGCUCAGCGUCAACUUUGUGCUGGCCGAGAUCGCCCAGCAGUUCCAGGGUCUGUCCACCGCCAACUUGCCGGCCGCACCGAAGGACGACGACUGUGGAGACUUUGCUAAAGCGGGCGACGUACCCUGCGACGCCUGUAUCGGGAGGAAGAUGAAGGCUGUGAAGUCCUGUCUGAAGUGCCCUGGCUCUUUCUGCGAAGCUCACCUGCGACCACACAAGAAGGGAAAGGCGUUGAGCGGACACAAGCUGCUGGAUCCCAUACGCAACCUGGAAGACAAGAUGUGCAAGAAACACGAGCGUCUGCUCGACGCGUACUGCCGGAAUGAACACGCAUGCGUGUGUAAGGAGUGCGCCGAGACCUUGCACAAAACGCACAACGUGGUCUCGGUGGAUCGAGAGUGGAAGAAAGUAGCGAGUCAACUGGGGAAGAAACGUUUGGAGCUGAAACAUCUGAUCAAGGAGCGAGAAAAGAAGCUGGAGGAAAUGAAACACUCCAUCAAAGUCCUGAAAGAGAGCAGUCAAAGGGAGAUGGAGGAGAGUUGGGCGGUGUACGCAGAGCUCCAGCGGCUCAUGGAACAGUCUCAGGCCGAGCUGAUGGACAUCAUCACAGCCAAACAGAAACAAGCCGAGCAACAGAGCCGAGAUCUGGCCAACGGGCUGGAGCAGGAGCUGGACGCGCUCCGGAGGAGAUCCAGUGAGCUGGACGCGCUCGCUGAGACACACGAUAGAGUCAUGUUCCUGCAGUUACUUCCCUCGCUGCCUCCCUCGCCAGAGCCGUCUGAUUGGUCAGCGGUGUCGGUGAGCACGGAUCUUCACACCAGCACCAUCAGGAAGUCCGUCUGCUCACUUGUGGAUAAAUUCCAGCAGGAGGUCAAACGGCUUUACGGGAAAGAACUCCGAAAACUGCAGAACUAUGCCAGCGAGGUGAUCAUGGAUCCGUCCACAGCCCAGCGGGAUCUGUGUCUUUCUGAGGACGGACGGCAGGUGCGUUAUGAGGAGCAGCGCAAAAGUUCGUCUCACUCCGACAUGCCGCGUCGCUUCAGUCCAGCUCUGUUCGUCCUGGGCCGCGAGGGGCUGUCGGCAGGCAGACACUACUGGGAGGUGGAGGUGGGUCAUAAGACGGCCUGGACCCUGGGCGUGUCCCGCGGAUCAGUGCGACGAAAAGGAGAGAUCCGACUCAGUCCAGAUGGAGGCUUCUGGUGCCUGUGGCUAAAAAACGGCGAGGUGAAGGCUCUCGCCGGCAACAGGGUUCCUGUGCAUCUCACCUCGCUGCCACAGAAGAUGGGCAUCUUCCUGGACUAUGAAGCCGGUCAGGUGUCCUUCUACGACGCGAGGGCACGAUCUCAUCUUUACACGUUCAACGAUACGUUCACGGAGAGCUUAUACCCCAUCUUCAGCCCCUGCAUCAAUCAGGAUGGAAAGAACCCCGGACCGCUCAUCAUCAGCGCGGUCAAACACAGCUGAGCGAGUGGACAAACUGUUCGUACACACAUCAGGGGUGCAAUAGCGCUGGGAAUCAACAGCAUCAUGAAGAUUGAAUGUGAUGACGGACAUUCCAUCACAGAUUUUACAACUGCGAGCAUACGUCACACGUAUGGUUUUAUUCACAAACAGUUUGAACUUUUCUUAAUGGCACACAGUAGGCGGCACUAUUGCUUGGUUUCGGAUCGAGUGAAGCAUGCAAAAACAAGCAAUUAUUCUGUCAUCAUUCUAUUCAUCGUCGUAUUGAAAGACAAAAGUAUCGAGAACAAAAUAUGUUGGGGGGCCCUCAAAGUUUUGUGAAAACAAAAAAAAAAUGGUUCUUGUUUUUGCAAACACUUGUGAUCAGUUAUAAUGUUAGUGCUUUUUUCUUACUUUAAAACACUAAACGAAUCAUUUUUUAAACCGAGAUCCUUCAGUUGAAUUUGUUUCUUUUUCAGACCUUUAACUUUAAAAUCACAUUAUUUAUAUAAUAAAUAAUGAAUAAAUGCCCCGGAGUGACCUCAGGUUUCUGAAUUAUUGUAGGGUAAAAGACUGAACUUCCGUCAAAUAACGCGGACUGUUCCUAAAUGUGUGCCAAUACUACUAUGAUGUUAUACAGCGGGCGAAUGGCAGUAUCAGAAAUAGUGACGUUUUUUUUAUUUCACAAAACAUCUUUAGGUUCAAAUUAGCUCCUUAGAACAAACUCUUAAAAAUAACGGGCUUGUCUGUCCUAAUUUGAGGAUUUUUAGAAUUUUCUCGCUAAGUUUGACCCACGUCCACUUACUGUGGGCAUAGUCCAUGAGCUUGCUGACAUCAUCCAUAGCAACAAGGUCAACCCCACCCUUUCUCUUAGCUUAAAGUCCCCGUGAACCUGAAGUUGCGAUUGGUUUUACUUCCGUAUUUUUACACAUUUCCGAGUGAAAAACAAUUCAGAAUGAGAAAGAUAGUGGGCGUAGUUUUUGUUUUCUUUGCGAUUUGAUUGGAUGUUUUAAAACAGCCGAAAUGGGACUGGCAGCAGACUGAGCGUUGAAGGGGAGGAGUUAGCAGAUGCUCUAUCCAAGCCGUCUAACUAACGUCAUCUGACAUGGAUAGUCAGUACAGGACGGAAGGGCAUUUUCAGAUUUUAACCAAAGAUUAUGAGAGAACGUGAGAAAGACUCCAUUGAUAAACCCUUUACAAUAAACGCAGCGAAAUGUCAUGUUAUUUUUUUAUUUCACUGGGACUUUAAAACUUCUUAGUAAAAGUUUUGAUUAGGUUUUAAGAGGAAACUUUUGAUUCAAAACGUCUACUUCUGUUUAGGAGAACUCUUAAGAGAUGAAAGUGGUCAGAUAAAAUGUUUUGUGAAUACGGGCUCAGAAUGCUACUUUUAUUUUAUAUGAUUUUUAUCUGAUUGUGCUUUGAUACUAGAAGCAAGUUAAAAGAAAAAUGUAUGGACUUUAUAUAUCAUAGCAACUUGUAUUUGAUAUGUUGAUUAUUAUGUUUUUGCUCUGGGUGUCAUUGUUUUACAAAGGUUUUGUAUAAAAUUUCCAGAACGUUUUAAUAAAACUGCAUUUGUGCUAUUGCCAGAAACGCAGACUGAGACUGUGUCAUAAAUGCACAAAUAUGUAGACAGCAGUGUCGGUUGUAACUAGUUCCUAAGUAAAAGGUUACUGUAAUUGAAUUACUUGUCCCUUGAAAAAGAAAAGUA